AUUCUCACGUAACCUAAAAAACUUUGUUUUUGAAUUCAGUUUUCAUGUCAAAUCGGAUGAUUACAAAUAAAACACAACUUUAUAAAAAUGUCUUCCGAUUUCCUAGCGGAAAAUAAUAUUUGUGGUCAAACUAUUUUACAUCUUGUAUCCAGAGGAAAUGCAAUAAUUGCGGAGCUGUUGAGGCUGAAAGAUUAUGUACCAAAGUUAUAUAGAUUGGAAACGAAACAAGAUGUUCAAAAAUAUGGUGAUAUCAUAUUGGAUUUCAGUUAUUUUAAAAUUUCGGAGUUCCACGAACAGAAAAUUGAAAAUAACGAGUUACUCAGGGACCUGGAUGAAGAAUUCCGUGAUAAUCAUAUAGAAAUAAUCAACAGGUUUUACUUAGUGUUCGAGAGCAUCCACACAUACAUAAUCGAUUUGAACCAGUUCUUAGAGGAACUAGAAGAAGGCCAGCAUAUCCACACAACUCUAGAGAGUAUAUUUAUUGAUGUUGAGGGAAAACAAGUUAUGUGUGAAGCUCUUUAUCUCUAUGGCUUAAUGCUUCUCAUCGUUGACACUCAUCUGGAAGGAAUUAUCAGAGAAAGGUUAUUAGUCUCCUAUUACCGGUACGCUCCCCAGAGACAGGAUACCCAAAGUUGCAUCGAUGAAGUCUGCAAGCUACUGAGAGACACUGGCUAUGGUAGUAAUAAAAAACCACCUACCUAUCCUGAGGAUUAUUUCAAGAGAAUUCCAAUUAAAUCAACUUACAUAGACUAUGUCAUUGGCAGGUUGCGAUCUGACGAUAUAUAUGGUCAAAUAACUGUGUACCCCCUUCCAAAACAUAGAAGUACUGCUCUGGCAAACCAAGCUUCAAUGUUGUACAUUUGCCUGUUUUUUUCAAGUAAUAUUCUUCAUUUCCAAACGGCCAUGAUGAGAGAAAUUGUUGAUAAAUACUUUCCUGACAAUUGGGUGAUAUCACUCUAUAUGGGAUAUACGGUGAACAUCGUAGACAGCUGGGAAAACUUCAAAGCCGCCAAAUCAGCCCUGUACAACACUCUAGAGACCGUCAACGUCAAAGAAUUCUCCAGCACCCACGGCUCCUGCAUACCAACCUUACUGAAAGUCACGGGUGGCUUGUUGAAAGAGGGAACCAUAACGAGAGACAAUCUCCUCAAAGACAUAACCAGCAUAACAAACACUUUGAGAGAAUGCAACGUCACCGUAAGGUGGUUGAUGCUUCACACCAUCCUGAAACCGGGACACGCAGACAGGAAUAAAAGGCUGAAACAGCUGAGGGAGCUGGUGAUCUCAGAAUCAAAAUGCGAACAGGGGGCCCUCUUCAAGCUGCUGUCAAACACGGCACAGCUUGAGCUUGUCGUCAAAGAUUUGUACAAGCAGUUGUUGUCAGAUAAAGAAACCCAAUGGGAGGAGCUCAAAGAAGAGAGCGUCAACAGGCUGGUGGAAAUUUCGGAAGUGUUCAGCGGGACUAAGCCUCUGACGAGAAUCCAGAAGAACGAGAAACUUCAAGCUUGGUUCGUAGAGAUCUCCAAACAAGUGAAGUCCUUGGACCAGGGUGACAGUGCAUCCUCACGGAAAAUAGUGCAGCUUAUCCAAGCCUUGGAGGAGGUGCAGACGUUCCAUCAACUGGACAGUAACAUGCAGAUAGUGCAGUUCUUAUCAGAGACCAGGAAAUUCCUGGAUCAGAUGAUAAGGACUAUGAGCGUGAAAGAAGACGUGCUCAUAAACUUGCAAAUUAUUGGAGACCUCAGUUAUGCUUGGGAACUAAUCGAUUUUUACACCAAUAUAAUGCAGCACGGUAUAAGAAGAGACCCAACCUUGGUCAUCAAACUAAGAGCAGUAUUCUUAAAAUUAUCUUCCGCAUUAGAAAUACCUCUAUUGCGCAUCAACCAGGCACACAGCGAAGACCUGAUAUCUGUAUCGCAAUACUACAGCAAGGAACUAGAGAUUUAUGUACGGAAAGUUUUACACAUCAUCCCGAGUAUGAUGUUCGAGAAGUUAGCGAGGAUCAUCGAAAUGCAAACAACCGUUCUGAAAGAGCUUCCGACAAGAGUUGAUAAAGACAAGAUAAAGGAUUAUACGCAGCUCGACGAACGGUUCGAAUUUGCCGAGUUGACGCAUUCUAUAUCUGUUUUUAGUCAAGGUAUGAGGAUGAUGAAAAGCACUCUGGUCGGAGUGGUGCGUCUGGACCCGAAAAAGCUGCUCGAAGACGGCAUCAGAAAAGAACUUGUCCAACACAUUUCAGCAGCCCUACAUUCUGAGUUGAUUUUCAGCCAGAAACCGAAACAGGACGAGCUGGAUCAGAAACUGAAACUGCUCGUCAAAAUAAUGGACGGAUACAAGCGGUCUUUCGAAUAUAUACAGGAUUACAUAAAUAUAAACGGCCUCAGGAUUUGGCAAGAAGAAGUUACGCGGAUAAUAAACUACAACGUGGAGCAAGAAUGUAAUGGAUUUCUACGUAACAAAAUUUACCCGUGGCAGAGCGUGUUUCAGAGCAGAUACGUUCCGAUACCGCUCCAUCAGCCUACAGAUCAGAGCGUUAAUUUUAUAGGUCGACUGGCCAGAGAGGUUAUUCGCUUAACAGAUCCUAAGAAUUCCAUUUACCUGGAUCAAACUCUGACUUGGUAUGAUAUCAAAACCCGAAAAUCAGUUGUCAGUAAAGAAAGUAUAGCUUCUAUCGGGUCAGCUAUUGAGGUAGCAGGCCUAGUAGGACUGGACAGACUAUUUUCGUUCAUGAUCGUUACAGCGCUGCAAAAACUAUCAGCUAACUUGGAGAACAAGAAUGUCAAGAUAGCCUCUUGGACGAAUAUUCUAACCUCAAUUCAGAGUGAAAUCAAACAAUCUGAUGAUCCACAGAACCCCCCGAAAGUGUAUCAAACAUACGUGAAUAGAUGUACGAAACUCUGGUCGGAUUUUCUUGAAAAUGUACUCCUGGUUGGUCAAUUGCAGCUACUUAGGAAUCUGAUAGCGUUUUAUCUGAACACGUCUUGCAAAUUCAACGCCAAGAACUUGGAAUCAUCCUUACGUUCUGUGAACAAAUCGCUGCUGAUGGAUAUAAAAACUGAAAAGUAUCACCCUAGUGAAGCACUGCUUCUGUCUCUUUCCAGCUACUUCGAUUAUGCUGGUUUAAACCAACCGCUGAAUAAGAUUUACGUUACAUCUAAAAACAAUCUAGAUCACUCCAUCACCCUGUUUAUAUUCGUUAUAUCCCAUCUACAAAAGCUAUUCUUACCUCAGAACACUGGUAAUGUCAAGAAAAGUCAAGAACAGAUAGACGGUACAGCAUUUUCGGUAGGCGUCCACACCAUUCUGAAGCAGUUCCAUCCUGAUGUGAACAAGGAAUUCGUAAAGUACAUGAGCAAUUAUUCCUUGCAACUCACUAAACACAGCAGUAGUUCAAAAUCAACAGAACUGCUCCCCGAAGUUGCGUUCACACUGAAAUUCAUGGAUAGUUUCACCAACUAUUCUGAAGAAUCGAGAUCAUAUUAUAGGGAAAGCCUACCUAAAGAAAUUCUUCACAUUCAGCAGACUCUUUGCACAGGCUCCACGUGACUUUAGGGUUUCAAUACUAUAUUGAGGCGCAUAUUUCAUCUCUAAACACUUCAAAUAUAAAUUAAACAACCCCAGGAUAGCGGUGUUAGUUUAAGAAUACAUAAUGAUUCCUUAGGCUUUGAAAAAAGCAUUCCAAAAUUAGGUAUGGUGAUAUAUACUGAAAUAUUUUUAAUAUUGUAUGGGUGUUGCUGAAUAUAUUAGUAAUAUAUUUAUUGAAAGUU